CAAGCCCGUGAGAUGUCUGAAAAAGAUUUGCAAGCUGGGUUAAGAUUGGCUCAUCCGGAGGCAGUAAAGUAUAUUGAACCUCAAAUUAGAUUUGCCGUUAAAGCUGGUAAGUCUAAGAAAGAAUACAGAUUGUAUAUGCUCUCUGACAAAACACUGGAGAAAGUCAGUAAUUUGGCCGAAGCACCUAUUAUAGAUGUUUUACUGAUCCUUCUUAUGGAAAGUUUGAACGUGGAGAAGUAUUAGAAAAUAUUACAUAAAAUGCAAAGAAAGUGCUUGAAGAAGAAGAAGAAGAUGAAGAAAGCAUAAAGGUUUUGUCAAAGACAGUAGACACAGUGAGGAAGAAGGUGGUCCGUAAAAGAAUUAUUAGUGAAGGAUCCAAAGUUGACAGAAGACAGUUAGAUGAAGUAAGACCCUUGUAUUGUGAAGCUGGAUAUGUUUCCAUGCUGCAUGGAUCUGCAUUUUUUUCCCGUGGAGAAACACAGGUCCUAUGUACGGUAACACUUGGAGCGCGUACAAACGCUCAACGCCUGGACUCUUUAGUUGGACCUCCGUUAAAGCGGUUUAUGCUUCACUAUAGUUUUCCACCAUUCUGCAUAAAUGAAGUUGGUAAACACGGUACUUCGUUCCUCAUCCUGAUCGAUCUGUUUCCACAUUUGGCUUCGAUUUCGCAGUGUGAUCGGUUGCGAGGUUUUAGUUGACUUUCAUGUUGUUUGAAGAAAUUCGCGAGUUAGUUGUUUGAGAAGUGAGAAAUGCAGCGUGCUCCAGUUACAGUUGAGGAACAACUGUUGCAAAAAGCGAUUAACGAAGAGUGUCCAUGGGAGAAUCUACCGAAGCAGAUUCAAGCUACUCUUUCUACCAAAGACAAAUGGCACCAAAGUUGUUUCCUUAUCAUUGGGCGGAGUAUGUUUGCCAUGUAAUGAGGGUGUCUCCUUUCAGAUAUUAUUUUGAUAUGAUUUUUGAAGUCAUGAGAAACGAGCAACCUUAUGACAGCAUCCCAAAUUUUAGUGCAGCAGAUGCUUUAAGACUUGCAGGAAUUGGGAGAAAUGAAUUUAUUGAUAUAAUGAACAAGUGCAGAUCUAAGAAAAUCAUGUGGAAACUGAACAAAUCAAUUGCAAAAGAACUCUUGCCUACACAACCUGUAGAUUUUCCUAUUGAAUCUUGGUGGGGAGUUUGUCUGGUGAACUUUACUUUGGAAGAAUUUAAGAAACUCUCUGAAGAGGAAGUUUCCACUAUAGACAAAAUAUGUAAGGAGGAAGCAAAUUUGUAUAUCCUGUUUGAUCCUGAAGUUAUAAAAAGUCUCUAUAGACGUGGAUUGAUCUAUUUUGAUGUUCCAGUGUAUCCCGAGGAUCGGUUCAAAGUUUCAAGGCUUGAAGGUUUUGUAUCCAACAGGGAGCGGUCUUAUGAAGAUCCUAUUGAAGAGUUACUGUAUGCAGUUUUUGUUGUUUCAAAUGAAAAUGCAUCUGUUGCGGAGUUGGCAACAACCCUACAGGCUGACUUGUCACAACUGCAGGCUGCUGCAUCAUUUGUAUGUCGAUUGGGAUGGGCAACAAAAGUCAUUGAUCCAUCCUUUAUUCUUCAAGAUACAGGUAUACCUGGGUCUCCAAGAAGUGCAGUUAGUGAUGAAGAUGUUUCUCUUGCUAGUCAUGGUUUUGACAAUAUCCAUAUUGAUAAUGAUAUUCAAGGGGAUGCUUUGGGUUCAAGCAACCAUGGUCCUCGUUCGGCCUAUGUGCGUGUUGCCUUCAUAGUUGAUGCCAAUAUUACAUCCUAUCUUAUGAUGGGUUCUGUUUCACCAGGUCUGAAAUCUCAUGUUGUUACGCUCUAUGAAGCGGAUAAAUUAGGUCAUGCCAACAUUUCUGAUCUUUGCAAGGACCUUAGCACUCUGGAAGGUGCAAAAUUUGAGGGAGAAUUGCAGGAAUUUGCCAAUCACGCAUUCAACUUGUGUUGUGUAUUAGAGUUUCUACAAUCAGGCGGAGUUGCUUCUGAUGUGAAAGUCGAGGAAGGACAUGAUAAGAUGAACAUGGCUACUCCAAGCAAUGGUGAACCAAGCUCUCUUACAACUGAAAUAUCUUUGUCUGAAAAACUAGGAGACUCUGCGAUUAUAGAAGCUGAAAUAAAUAAUGAUGAUUUAUUGAGUUUAGAUUUGGAGAAGUCUGCCGAGGCUUCUGUUUCCUAUGAUGUCGUUCCUAGUGAUGGAACCAGUUCUAUUACAUUGGAUGGCAAUGACAUACUGGAUCCUAGUAACAUGAAACCAAGCACAAUACAAAGUGUAAUUGAGACUGCAUAAGUCACAUGAUUCUUUAUUCUUUGAAAAAACAACACUUAUGGUAACCCUAAGGCCAGGUUCGGUUCAAAUAAUAUCUGAUACACUUCGAGCUGCAUCAGUAGCAUCUGCAACAACUACCAAUGUCAGCCUUCUUAAGAGCAGUUUUAUCAUUCACUUCAUCACUGGUCAUUCCGCAAAUAUGUUUCCUAGCCUGCAAGCAUUUCACAAUCUCGUACUUGUGCUCAGGAAAUACCCCGACAAAUCCAUCAGCCUUCUCGAUCUGCUCAUCUACUGGAAGAGCUGUAACAACAGUACCCUCUUCUGCUUUGACCGAGUAAUGACGAAGAUGCAUACAUGUUUGUUUCAAUCCCAAGCUUCCGACCAGUUUUCUUGGUUUUUAAAUUCUUUGCUUACAUCACUAUGCAGCACAUGAGUUACAUCACACGUGAGCAUGGUAGUUUCAUCAGCAUCCUGUCUUACUUGGUUCAGUUUUCACGAAAAAUACUCUAAAUUGGUGACACCAACAACAUGCGGGAACCUCUUUACAGUUGCUUUUGAAAACCAUUCAGCACCAUGUAGAUCGUUUGGUUUGCACUUGCAGGUGUGAUGUAGAAUUGGACAUGGCCUUUGAAUCAGUUCCGUCGUUUGAAGUAUUUUUGGAGAACGAAAGUCCCGACAUUGUUGGAAUAUGCGUACUUGGAUGAGGAGGGCUUGGUCUUCUAGAGAAAGGGGAUGUGGAUCUAGAGCUUACUCUCGAUGGUGCAAUCACCAGUUUUGGAGUUGUUCUUUCUUGAUAGCAUGAGAAUAUAUCUGAUGUUGAUAUUGAAUGGUAGAAUCCACCAGUUCAUCAAGUGAUGUCCUUUGAUUUCAUUACUUCUCCAGGUCUGCUGCACGGGCAGCAGUAUAAAUACGUGAAUUCACCUGAUCUUUGUCUUUCUUCAUCUAAUGUUCAGAAGUAUGUUGAGGAACCCUCUAGAAUAUCUGUUAAACUAAAUUCAGGGAAUGCAACUCCCAUUGUUAGUUUGCCAAGUCUGACAGGUACUGCUGGUGAUGCAAAUACUGCUAGUUUUAGGUUGGUAAAGCCAGAGCCAGACGAUGAUAACUUAAAAAAAGAAUUUGAAAGUGGUUAAUGCUGGUCCUGUAGAUUCAUUGGACAGUGUUACUGUCAAACAAGAAUUUAUUCAACAUUCAAUUAUCAAGCUAUCUAAUUCAACUGUUAGCAAUUCAAAGUUGGUUGGUUCUACAGUCAUUAAAUCUGAACCGUGUCACAAGGGUAGUCAGGAAAGAUCGAAAAUAGCAGAGAGUACUGCUACAGCUCAGUUGAGUAAAGUGUUGCCACAAAUAUCAUUAAGUUCUUCUGCUUCCAUGACAGGGUCAACCGGAAAAUUGUAGUCGCGCAGGAGUCAAUGUUGAGAAAGCAUGUGAGAAAGUUUCGUCAAAUCCUGAGCAUGUUCCUCUGAUUGAAACUCAUGAAUGAGCCUUUUGAUCAACGAGACAGUGGUGAAGCCUGUGUUAGUGAUGAAGAAAAGAUAACCUUGUCUGCUGGUAUGUUGGAGGAUGCAACAACUGAUGAUGUUACUCCAAAACUUCACUGUGAGAACAAAGAAUGCAUGUAUGAAUUACUUCACCCUCCACAAGGCCUUGCCCUGCAAAAGUGCUUCAUCCUAAAUCUGCAGCACGAUACACGAGUUAAUAUAAUUUCAUAAAGCAAAAAUGCACUGCAGUAAAUAAGUUUCUUACCGACAGUAAAAUUUUCUUGGAGAUGAAGAGAAUUGAGGGAGGGACCACUAUCUUGAGUGAAGACAAAACCUCCAGCAUCCUCCGUACGAGAUCCUCCACUGCACAUCAGAGGAAAGAGAUUAGUAGCAUAUAAAAGAAGGACCAUUAUUCACAAAAAACCCUAAUUUUGGGGAGGAGCCGCUACUGUUCACUAAGAGAAAAAAGGAGUCUACGACAAGGAGAAAAGAAAACCAUAGUUUUUCUUGGUGGUGAAGAACGGACAAGAAGAUCAAAGACCGGUUCAGACGGAACCUUACCUACAUCCGUCGGUAAAUCUCGCCGCAACCGAUUAGUUUCCUUUUCGAGUUUCUAUUUCCAUUUCUCCGUUUUAGCUUCCUUGAAGCUUCCAUUUGUUUGGUUAUCUUGCUGCAAAUUUUUGAUGUUCAAAAUGGAAAGAAAAGGGAUCUAUGUACGUUAAGAUGAAUUUCUUUAAGUUCUGCUACUGUUUUCAACUUUUUGUUUUAUUUAAAAGGCUUGGUGCGUUUUUUAUGUUAUGUAUUAGCGUUUGAAACUAUAUGACAAGGAUGCAUAUCCGGCGGAGUUGGUAAAGGGAUGGUUUGGCAAGCUUCUAGUCUUGUGUUCAAUACCUUGUGCUGCAUUUUGGUUUUUUUAAUUUUUUUUAAUUCAAUUUUUAUUCACUAUGUAUAUUAAUAAACACUUAUAAAUUAUAGGAUCAUUAGUUUAAUCUUUGACUAAUUUAGGCUUUAUUUUAUUAUUAAUCAUUUUGUUCUAUUUUUAUUCUUA